AUGGCGACUGCUAAACUCCAAGAACUCUGUCCAGAAGUGCAGAUUUCACUGCUCGACACAGUCGACUCGCUGCGCUCGCAUGGUCUCAGUAGCUUGAUUCCCUUGCCACAGAUUAUUGUUUGUGGCGACCAAUCUUCAGGCAAGAGCUCGGUUCUGGAGAGCAUCUCAGGUGUUCCUUCCCCUGUUCAUGGGAGCCUGUGUACUCGCUUUUCGACCGAGCUCAUUCUCUGGAGAACAAGGUCUGCUUCGAUCGUGAUCUCCAUCGUCCCACACCACGCCCGCAGCGAAAUCAUGAAGGCAGCCUUGCAUGCGUUCCAUGCGGAACUGACAGACUUCAAUGAGCUCCCGAGCCAAAUUGAGCAGGCCAAGAGUGCUAUGGACAUGCAGCACGCUUUCUCCAAGGAUAUUCUACGCAUUGAGAUCCGUGGGCCUGAUCGCCCACACCUUACCAUUGUCGAUCUACCUGGUCUGAUUCAUUCUGAAAACAAGUACCAAUUUGCAUCCGGCAUUAGCCUCAUCCAACGCCUUGUGACCCGCUACAUGAAGCAGAAGAGAAGUAUCAUCCUUGCUGUUGUAUCGGCAAAGAACGUCUACGCCAAUCAGAUCGUCCUGAAACUGGCUCGCACGGCGGACCCCGAUGGCAUGCGGACACUUGGUGUCAUUACGAAGCCAGAUACACUCAAUGUAGGAUCCGAAUCAGAGCGAAGCUUCCUGUCACUGACACGAAACCAAGAGGUCGCAUUCCGCCUUGGCUGGCAUGUGUUGAGAAAUAGGGACACUGAAAGGGAGCUAUGGACCCUUGAUGAGCGCGACGCUGAGGAGUCUAACUUCUUAUCGUCCGGCGCUUGGACAAGCCUUGCACCUGAGUGUCGGGGCAGCACAUCCCUGAGGGUGCGCUUGAGCACAGUACUUGUGCGACAAAUCUCCCGCGAGUUGCCAAAUCUUAUCAGGGAAAUUGAGGACUUGUCCAUUCAAUGCCAGGAGAGCUUGGAAAAGCUUGGCAUGGCGCGAACCACUUCUGGCGAACAAAAGGAGUAUCUUAUAAAGAUCAGCCAAUCGUACCAGGAGUUGAUCCAGAAUGCGACUGCCGGCACCUACACCAACCCACACUUUCGUGAAUCCGUUACCUCUGAUGGCUACGAGAAUCGUCUCCGUGCUGUUAUACAGAAUCGUAACCGUGUAUUUGCGAAGAAUAUGACGGAGCGUGGUCAGCGCUACAAUAUCAUAGCCGACGGAGGUAAUGGUGCCGAGGCGCGCAAUGAUGUAUUGACUCGAGAGCAGUACAUUGAAAAAAUCGUUUCUAUGAUCCGAAAGAAUCGAGGCACGGAGUUGGCCGGUAUGCUCAAUCCUGUGAUUGUGACGGAAUUAUUCCAAGAGCUUUCAUCGCCGUGGGGGGAAAUGGCCGAGCUGCAUGUGCGGAAUGUGUGCAAGGCUACUUACCAGUGUCUGAAGCGUCUGGUUGAUCACAUAGCUGAUUCUGCAGCAGCCGAGACGAUCUUCUCUGGCAUAUUCAAGCCGCAUCUAGACGCCCUGCAGCAGAACUCGCUUGCCAAGCUGUCGGAGCUGUUGAAGCCACAUCAGGAGAGUCACCCUAUUACAUACGACCAGCGUUUCAUCAAAGAUCGCGAGACUGUUCUCAAUCAGCGAGAAGAGGUGCGCGUGACCGCUUUGUUAAAGGAGACGUUUGGGACUAUAUAUAUGGAUGGCGAAACUUCUGUCCGCGCGUCAAUUGACUUCAGCAAAUUGGUACAAAAGCUCGUGAAGCGGCCAGAGUUCGACGUGGAUCACUCUGCCGCUACUGACGCGCUAGACUGCCUGCUAGCGUAUUAUCAGACUGCCUUAAGCCGAUUCAUCGAUGAUGUUACCGUGAAAGUCAUCGAAACUUGCGUGGUGGGCAAGUUAAGAGAAAUAAUGGACCCGAUGUCUAUCUUCAAGCUGGACGACGAUAGUAUCAGCCGCUUCGCUGGCGAGACGGAAAAGUGCCGAACAACUCGAGAGGAGCUGAAGGCCAAGCAGAAGGCCCUGCAGAACGGUAGCAAUGUUUGCAAUAAACUUGCCGCCCCCUUCGUUCAUGCUUUGUAUGCUGAAACGGACAGCGAUGGUGGCGUUGAUCAAGACGACGAAUUUCUCAGCGAUACAGGAAGUGAAGACUUUGUCUCAAAAGGAGAGAUACCACCGUAUAAGAUGAAAAACGGGCACCGUUCUCCCAGCACUGCGCCCGAGGAGCCCACCAAAGAGAAAGUAGACGACGAAUGGGAACGUCUUACUACGUCUAGAAGUAAGAAUGACAAGAAGAAGAUGAAGAAGAAGGCCUUGCUGCUCGGAGGAGUUUAG